CUCACAAAGAAGCGGAGGAAGACCUCCGAAGCCACGCCCUCCGGACCCCGCUCCUCCAGCCUUCCCCUUCCUUUACGUUAAGAAAAGCGAGAGAGAAGGCAGCAGCCAGCAAGACACGCAGGAUAGGGGGAAGAAGAAAAAAAAAAGCGAGACAAGACGACCGGGAGGGAGCCAGUCCAGCGACCAUGGCAAUAUCCACCGCGUCUCCGCUCCCGAUCGUGUCCGGGCACCGCGCACUUCCACCCGGGUCGAGCACGGCACGGAGCCCGCGGGCGCACGACGACACGCAGCUGGGUCCGGAUGAAUGAGGAGCCAGCUGGGGGGCAAACAUGAGGGUCAUCUUCAUCCAGAACGCCGGUUUCGUCGCAGCUUUCUCGCCUGGUAGAUGUCGGCAGCGUUUCGGAGCACAGAUGUUGCGAGCGAGCCCCAAAUUAGGCACAAACAGACAUUACUAGUCGAUUGAGGAGUAGCUCGCUACUAUAUAUUUAUUAUUAGAGGUGAAGUGUAGACUAUCAUCUUGAAAUGAUAUUAUUAUACACUAUUGACACGAUAUGUAUGUCGUUAUUAUAAGCAAACCAUGUGUAGACUUUUUGUAUGCUUAGUGGACAAAACAGCCUCGUUAACAAGACAAUCUGGAAAUGUUUCGACAAAUAUGACAAGUAGCUUGCGCGUUAUUCAUUGUAAUUUAUUUAUUUAUUACUAUUAUUAGGCCUAUAAGUAUUACUGUAUAUUAAUUAUCGUAUCGCUCGCUUAUUUACAAAGAAGUUAAGUGCGAUGGCUUACUUGGCGCCCCGCCGCGGGGAAAGCCGUCCCGAGGCCCCCAGGGGCCAGAGCUGCGCGCCCCAACUGGCGGGGGGCGAGCCCGUCCUUGCCGGAGGCUCCCCCGAGGAGAGCCAGAGGAACCCCGGCGUGAAAAAACACCACCACAAGCACAACCUGAAGCACCGCUACGAGCUGCUGGAGACUUUGGGGAAGGGGACGUACGGCAAAGUCAAGAAGGCCAUUGAACGCCACUCCGGCAGAGAGGUGGCCAUCAAGUCGAUUCGGAAGGAGAAGAUCAGGGACGAGCAGGACAUGGUUCACAUCCGCCGAGAAAUCGAGAUCAUGUCGUCGCUCCGCCACCCGCACAUCAUCUCUAUAUACGAAGUGUUCGAGAACAAGGACAAGAUCGUCAUCGUCAUGGAGUACGCCAGCAAGGGCGAACUGUACGACUACAUCAGCGAGCGGCGGCGCCUGAGCGAGCGAGAGACUCGACACUUCUUUAGGCAGAUCGUUUCUGCUGUGCACCAUUGCCACAAGAAUGGAGUGGUCCACAGGGAUCUGAAACUGGAAAAUGUGCUACUGGAUGAAAACUGUAAUAUUAAGAUUGCUGACUUCGGCCUGUCUAACUUGUACCACAAAGACAAGCUUCUGCAAACCUUCUGCGGCAGCCCGCUAUACGCCUCACCGGAGAUCGUCAACGGGAGGCCGUACCGUGGGCCAGAGGUGGACAGUUGGGCUCUGGGGGUGCUGCUGUACACACUGGUGUACGGAACCAUGCCGUUCGACGGCGGCGACCAUAAGAACCUCAUUCGGCAGAUUAGCAACGGAGAAUACAAGGAGCCCACACAGUCCUCAGACGCGCGGGGACUGAUCCGCUGGAUGCUGAUGGUGAACCCGGAGCGCCGCGCCACUGUGGAAGACAUCGCCAACCACUGGUGGGUGAACUGGGGCUGGAAGAACAGCGUGUGCGACUGUGACGCCCAGCGCGACCACGGCGGCUCGCCCAUGCUGGCCCGCUUUAUCGACUGGCAAAACCGCACUGAGCCACGCGGUCCAUCCGCCAAACCUGCCGCCUUGCCCCAGCUGCUACUGCGCCAGAGGCCCAAGAAGUCCAAGAAGGAAAACGUGGAGGAAAGUCAGGCGCACGGCAGGGGCGAGGACAAACCGGGUCUGAAAAGACCAAAGAGUAUCUUGAAGACCAGAGUGGCAGAGGAGCAACACUCGGCCAGGAUGGAGGAGGCGCCGACGAGCCAGACGGCGGCGGCGGAACGAGCUGAAGGUGGAGGGCACGUCUCCAGUCCAGAUCGAGACGGGGAAGAGCCCGCCUUUGGGGGAGGCUCGCCUGCAAAGAUGGUGCCCACCUUGCCCAAAAAAGGCAUUUUGAAGAACAACCAACAGCGGGAAUCAGGGUAUUACUCCUCCCCCGAGCGGAGCGAGUCUUCAGAGCUGCUGGGCGGAGCCAGCAUGACCGUGCUCGCCACCUCGCCGCACAAGAGAGCCAUGGGAAGAAAGGGCAUCCUCAAGCGCAACGGCAAGUACUCCACCUACAGCGGACCGCCCUCCGCCGCCGCCGCCGCCGCGGCCGCAGCCGGAGGUCUGAGUGAGCCCCCCGCGCCGGCCGACUCGGGCCUGUCGCGCAGUCAGAGCCGCCCCUCCAGCCUGGUGGGGGAGGACAUGUCGCCCGGCAACAAGUGCGCCGAGUGGCAUCCCUCCACGCCGCACCGCCGCCCCAACAUCCGGGCGUGCGUGUCUGCCGAGAACCUGCUGCACCUGGCCAACUUCAAAGGCUUCCAGGCCGCGCCCACCAUCCUCCAGGCGCCCAAGUUCGGACGCGGCCCCAAAACAAAAGGCUCGCCGGGGGACAAUGGCAGCUUCUCAUUGCUGGGGGACCUGGAGGACAUGACUCAGGUGUACCAGCAAGCCCUGGACAUUAGCAGCAACCUCACUUAGCACACGGCUGCAGAGGCAGGAAGCGUGUGUGUGUGUGUGUGUGUGUGUGUGUGUGUGUGUGUGUUUAGGCAUUAACGACCAGUGUGUUACUGGGAUACACCUUUUGGGAGGUUGAGGUUUUUCCAAAUAGGGCUGACAUCUUGAUGGGAUAUGUUUACCCACCACUUACACACACACACACACACACACACACACACACACACACACACACACACACACACACACACACACACACACACACACACACACACACACAGGUGUACACACUCAAGUCCACUUCUCAGGCCAGUGGAAACUUGGUCAGGGCUUUUUGUGAACAGGAUGGAGAGGGGAGUUGGCAGCAACACAAGCCACCCAAGUGUGUGUGUGUGUGUGCGUGUGUGUGUGUGUGUGUGUGUGUUCCCCUUUGUCACUCUCCUGCGUUCCCACAUGUUUACAUAUCCAACCAGAAGCGUAGAUUCCCACCCAUUCAGAGUUUACAAAAGCACCUUUGAUUAAUACACACAGAGCACACGCUUUGUGAUCUUUUUAUUUUGGUAAGAAAAACAAACCAACCAGGGUCGUAUUCAAAAAGUUUCUCAUUAUUUAUUAUUAUUUGCCUCGCUUUUUUUUUUUUGUUUUGUGGGCAGAACUUGGAUGUUGGGUGUUGGCUGUUACUGGAGUGCAUAUAAUAAAUAAUAUUAUUAUUGAUGCUAUAUAAUUAGCAGAUAUAUCCAACUAUGUUUGGCAAGUAUUUUGUCCUACAGUACUACAUAGUUGCGGUUUUUCAUAAUAUAGUACUAUUGCGUUAUUUUUUCCAGCAGUAUCGUCAAAAAUUGUGCGAUACCACACGUACAUCACACCACCCACGAUACGGAGAAAACGGCAUUUUUCCAAUGAGACCAAUACACAGCGAUUGCCCGAUAUUUGGAAGAAGACAGUAUCGUUUCACAGCACAGUUAUUGUACGGUACAUGGCGAUCAGGUGCGAUACUAAAUAAUCCCGCAGCAAUGUCACCAUGAAUUGGAAGAAAACGUGCUACACAAAAUGAUAUCUUGAUAACCUAGAAAGAGUAUGUUUUCGCAAAACUUGAAAACCACCUCAGAAAGGGACUCUUUCCAAUAAUAUCGAUUGUACGACGUAUCAGAUAUCUUGAUAACCUAGAAAUAGUGUUUUCGUAAAGCCUGAAAACCACCUCAGAAAGGAACUCUUUUUAAUAACAUCGAUUGUACGACGUAUUGGAUAUCUUGAUAACAAUAGAAAGAGUAUGUUUUCGUAAAGCCUGAAAACCACCUCAGAAAGGAACUCUUUCUAAUAAGAUCGAUCGUACGACAUAUCGAAUAUCUUGAUAACCUACAAAGAAUGUUUUCGUAAAGCCUGAAAACCACCAAAGGAACUCUUUCUAAUAACAUCGAUUGUACGACGUAUCGGAUAUCUUCAUAACCUGGAAAGAGUAUGUUUUCGUAAAGCCUGAGAACCACCUCAGAAAGGAACUCUUUCUAAUAACAUCGAUUAUACGACGUAUCGGAUAUAUUGAUAACCUAGAAAGAGUAUGUUUUCGUAAAGCCUGAAAACCACCUCACAAAGGAACUCUUUCUAAUAACAUCGAUUGUACGACGUAUCGGAUAUCUUCAUAACCUAGAAAGAGUAUGUUUUCGUAAAGCCUGAGAACCACCUCAGAAAGGAACUCUUCCUAAUAACAUCGAUUGUACGACUUAUCGGAUAUCUUUAUAACCUAGAAAGAGUAUGUUUUCGUGAAGCCUGAAAACGACCUCAGAAAGGAACUCUUUCUAAUAACAUUGAUCGUACGACAUAUCGAAUAUUUUGAUAACCUACAAAGAAUAUGUUUUCACAAAGCCUGAAAACCACCACACAAAGGAACUCUUUCUAAUAACAUCGAUUGUACGACGUAUCGGAUAUCUUCAUAACCUGGAAAGAGUAUGUUUUCGUAAAGCCUGAGAACCACCUCAGAAAGGAACUCUUUCUAAUAACAUCGAUCGUACGACAUAUCGGAUAUCUUGAUAACCUAGAAAGAGUACGUUUUCGUAAAGCCUGAAAACCACCUCACAAAGGAACUCUUUCUAAUAACAUCGGUUGUACGACGUAUCGGAUAUCUUCAUAACCUGGAAAGAGUAUGUUUUCGUAAAGCCCGAGAACCACCUCAGAAAGGAACUCUUUCUAAUAACAUCGAUUGUACGACUUAUCGGGUAUCUUUAUAACCCAGAAAGAGUAUGUUUUCGUGAAGCCUGAAAACGACCUCAGAAAGGAACUCUAAUAACAUCGAUUGUACGACAUAUCGGAUAUCUUGAUAACCUACAAAGAAUGUUUUCGUAAAGCCUGAAAACCACCAAAGGAACUCUUUCUAAUAACAUCGGUUGUACGACGUAUCGGAUAUCUUCAUAACCUGGAAAGAGUAUGUUUUCGUAAAGCCCGAGAACCACCUCAGAAAGGAACUCUUUCUAAUAACAUCGAUUGUACGACUUAUCGGAUAUCUUUAUAACCUAGAAAGAUUAUGUUUUCGUGAAGCCUGAAAACGACCUCAGAAAGGAACUCUUUCUAAUAACAUCGAUCGUACGACAUAUCGGAUAUCUUGAUAACCUACAAAGAAUGUUUUCGUAAAGCCUGAAAACCACCAAAGGAACUCUUUCUAAUAACAUCGAUUGUACGACGUAUCGGAUAUCUUCAUAACCUGGAAUGAGUAUGUUUUCGUAAAGCCUGAGAACCACCUCAGAAAGGAACUCUUUCUAAUAACAUCGAUUAUACGACGUAUCGGAUAUAUUGAUAACCUAGAAAGAGUAUGUUUUCGUAAAGCCUGAAAACGACCUCAGAAAGGAACUCUUUCUAAUAAAAUCGAUCGUACGACAUAUCGGAUAUCUUGAUAACCUACACAGAAUAUGUUUUCGUAAAGCCUGAAAACCACCUCACAAAGGAACUCUUUCUAAUAACAUGGAUUGUACGACGUAUCGGAUAUCUUCAUAACCUGGAAAGAGUAUGUUUUCGUAAAGCCCGAGAACCACCUCAGAAAGGAACUCUUUCUAAUAACAUCGAUUAUACGACGUAUCGGAUAUAUUGAUAACCUAGAAAGAGUAUGUUUUCGUAAAGCCUGAAAACGACCUCAGAAAGGAACUCUUUCGAAUAACAUCGAUCGUACGACAUAUCGGAUAUCUUGAUAAACUAGAAAGAGUAUGUUUUCGCAAAGUUUGAAAACCACCUCAGAAAGGAACUCUUUCUAAUAACAUCGAUUGUACGACUUAUUGAAUAUCUUUAUGACCUAUGAAGAGUAUGUUUUCGCGAAGCCUGAAAACGACCGCAGAAAGGAACUAUUUCUAAUUACAUCGAUCGUACGACAUAUCGGAUAUCUUGAUAACCUAGAAAGAGUAUGUUUUCGUAAAGCUUGAAAACCACCUCAGAAGGGAACUCUUUCUAAUAACAUCGAUUGUACGACGUAUCGGAUAUCUUCAUAACCUAGAAAGAGUAUGUUUUCGUAAAGCCUGAGAACCACCUCAGAAAGGAACUCUUUCUAAUAACAUCGGUUGUACGGCGUAUCGGAUAUCUUCUUAACCUGGAAAGAGUAUGUUUUCGUAAAGCCCGAGAACCACCUCAGAAAGGAACUCUUUCUAAUAACGUCGAUUUUACGACUUAUCGGAUAUCUUGAUAACCUAGAAAGAGUGUUUUCGUAAAGCCUGAAAACCACCUCAGAAAGGGCAUCGUUCUAAUAUCGAUUGUACGAUGUAUCGGAUAUCUUGAUAACCUCGAAAGAGUAUGUUUUCGUAAAGCCUGAAAACCACCACAGAAAGGAACUAUUUUAAUAACAUCGAUUGUACGACGUAUCGGAAGAAAAACAACGUACAAAACAUCACGAUAUUUGUAUAUAAUCCGACAAUACCGAUAUCACAAUAUAUCAAUGGGCGAAAGGGUAUUUUUACAACAAUACCGAUUACAUGGAUUACAUACCAAACACAGCAAUAUCAACGCAACCGAUUAUGAUUAUACAUCGAUAGUAUGAUACAGUUGAAGAAAAUUGUACCAUAGAUCACAUUGUCCAUAAUGCUGAUAUCACGAUACUGGUAUUGUGUGAUAUAUCGGAAUAACACAACUCACAGGAGUCACAAUUAGUCAUAAAUGACCAUUACAUCGACUACUUGUAUGGAUACUGUAGACAAUAUCUGAUCCCACCCCUAUUGUAUAAGUCGGAAUUGCCUUUUUUUCGUAAUUGUACGUCAAUACCCGCCGAGCUAUACCAAAUGGUGAUUUUUUUGUGUUUUUUAAGGGGUUUCAAAGGUCAGCACAGUGUAGCGGUGCUUGAAUGACUGCCCCCUGCUGGUGCGGAGUUGUGGGACAUGUCAUGUUUGACAAGAGAGCUCAGCUUACAGCUUCGACAUGGUCGGCGCUCCACCCGUGUACACUCGGCCGCCGCGUCGGGCGAGCACAAUCAGCCAGCUGUUGUUUGAGAGGAAGUGGAUUUAAAUGGAAGAGGGAGAGGCGGAAGUGUAAAAGGAAGUGAGAAGAAAUAAGGGCUGUUCAACUGGGCCAAAUCCUGCAUUUUAAAUGUCAUCAAACUGGCACUUUUGCAGUAGGUUCCUACAAACUGUAGUCAUAAGGGCCCCGUUUACACUGCACGCCAAAUCGGGAUUAUUUUUUAACCCUCAAUGGACACAGAUGGGAUUUUUAUAUAUAUAUAUAUAUUAAUCAGACUCAGGCCACAACAGGAGGUAGUCCUGAAUCCCAUUGGAAUAGGAUCUUUUCAAAUGUAACUUCAGUCUAAAUGCCCGAAUGUGAUUUUUUUUCGUCGUCUUUGGGCGAGUUACGUCACUCGUGUGCACUUGCAAGUGAUGUGGAGGCCACAUCGGGGCCACAUUGGGGCCUCUGUGCCUUUACACCGCAGUCUGAUAAAAAAAAAUCAUGUUUUACUCGCAGUGUAAACAGUCUGCUGUUUAAAAAAAAAAUCCCGAUUUGGGCCACUUUGGCCUGCAGUGUAAACAUCGUCUUGGACUAUAAAGUAUGGCCCCUGGAAGAAAUUGAGUUGAACGGCCCUGUUCGAGAAGGUUUCUAAAUACAAAGAAAAGGUGGAUGGCAAGGUAGAUUAAAGAAAGUGAAUGGAAUGUUUUUUUGUUUGCAAACCAAAGAUGUGAUGAAGCUUUGACAUCAUUCAUGGGAGCCAUGCAUUUUUUUUUUCUUCUUUGACGUGGGAAUCCACACCGGUGUAUAUAAUCAUACUCCAUGGCUUUUUUUUAAACGACCUCAGGAUUCCUUGUAUUUUACACAGCUUGACUUGAGGGGAGACGAAAAAACACGACAAAAAGCCAAAUGGGAGAUUGGUUUCACCCUAAAAAUGUCAGGAAAAACGGGGCCCGAAUUGGAUGAAUGUGCUGGUGUGACGGAAGAAACAUUGAGUAUUGUCUUCUAUUCAGUUGCCUUUUUUUUUGUAUUGUAUGUGUUAUUGUCAACUGGAUUCACAGUGAUAUAAUUAUACUAUGUUAGUAUUUUUCUUUUAUUACGCUCUGUUUUUGAUUUUUACAAAAUAUACGAUUUUUUUGGUUUGUUUUUGGUGUCAUAGCGGAAAAAUUGCUUCCUUGCUCGAAGUGUUUCGGUGUCAGUUUUUAAAGCCACCACAGAAUGUUUAAUUUGCCAAAGCACGCAUAUCCGAAUUGCUGGAAGCUACUAAAAACAAAAACAAAAAAAGAGGUGAUGAUUGAACUGGAACGAAAUGUUAGCAAGCAGGAAGUAGACUCUUAGGAAAACUUGACUGGAUAUUAAUAUGACAAUAAUAUAAUGAUUAUAUUAUUUAAGUAUUCUUUUUUUUCUCAUUUACUCUUGUUGCCAUGUUUUUAAUUUGUUCGAUGAAUCCUGGACUGCCAAAGUGAAUUUAAAAGUUGUGUGCCUUUGGUAUCUUUUAUGUACUUGUUUUUUUUUUGAUAAUGAUUAUCAAUGUGUUUUUUAUUCUUGUAUUUAUUGGUGAUGAAGCCAUUUAUAUUGGUGCCUGUGUGGGAAAACAUCUAAUUAGAAGUCAGCAUCAUCUCAUCGUGGAGGCAGUUAGUCACAAAUUAUACAGAUGUAAAAUGUCUUAAUAAACUGUUCAUUUAGCACAAUCAUCUCCUGUGCUACAACAAAUAAAUGGAUUUGGAACGAUA